AUGUCACAAGUAAGAUAUAGAAUUAUCAAGGUCACAAAAAGUGCAAAACAAGCCUGUCACGAUGGGAGAUGUGGGGAGUUUGGUGUGUGCAAGGCAUUACCAAAUGGACCAGUGUGUACUUGUCAACUCGGAUACACACUUCUGACUGACAACGUUACCUGUAAAGACAUUGAUGAGUGUGUCACCACUCAUCAGGGGAGGUCACCCUGUCAGCAGGUGUGUACCAACACCAAUGGAAGUUUUACUUGUUCCUGUCUCCCAGGUUACAGACUGGAGAACAACACAUACUGUAGAGUACAAGGUCCAGACCCUGUACUUUACAUGGCAGCCAACACAGGAGUUCUGGCUUAUCACAUCCGUUCAGGGCACUGGGCAGCUGUGUUUGAGGAUCAGCCAGACAUAUCGGCGCUAGAUUUUGGACCUAAUGAUAACUUAUACUGGACAGCUGUCAACAAGACUUCAGACCGGGUACUGUUUGGACAUGUGGGACAGUCAGGAACCUGGAAAACUCACACCCUGGUGGACAUUGGCCUGUCAAAUCCGAAGGGGGUAGCCGUAGACUGGAUGACCGAUGCCGUGUACCUGGUCAGCCAAGACAGUGGUCAGAUAGUAGCCUGUGUUAGGACAGCACCAAUCAGCUGUGUCAUUGUCUUGGAAAACCUUGACAAAUUACAGGACAUCAUCAUCUGUCAUCAUUCUAGGAGAAUGUUCUGGUCAAGCUGGGGACUUUCACCAAAGAUUACAUCAGCAGAUCUAGAUGGUAGGAACCCUGCUUUGGUCAUCGGUGACCGCCUGAAACAUCCAACAGGUUUGGUGAUAGACUGGCCAAGAAAAACACUGUUAUGGGCAGACUUUCGUUUACACAGAAUAGAGAGCUCUGGCCUGGACGGAUCUAACAGACGAAUUGUUGUGUCAUUGGGGCUACAUUACCCGUCAUCUCUGGCAGUGUUGGAGGGCAUUCUUUACUGGGUCAAUGCUCAUCAGGGUUCCUUGAGCAGCUGUAACUGGUACAAGGGUUGUCGUCAAAUUGUGCAGCUGAAAACUGGCCUUUAUCAUCCCAAAUCACUUGUCAUAGGAUCACCAAGUCUACAUGGAUUUACAGAAGAUCCUCCUAAUAAAUCAUGCCAGAAUUCUCCCUGUUCACACGUGUGUCUGUCAAGUCAACAUGGCUACAGGUGCAUGUGUCCUCCAGACCAUAUUUUGACCCAGGAUGACCACACUUGUUCCAGGACAUCUGGAUCUAAGCACUUGUACAUUGGAACCAGGGGACAGAUACUUGUGUUAGACCUGGGGCAGCCUGGUUACACCCAUGACCUUCUCCUCCCUGCCACACUCACCUCACACGGUACUCCUACCUCCCUAGAGGUCGACCAUAGUACCAACUCUGUCCUGUACUGCGAUUCAACACAUGACACCAUCACUAUGGCAACCACUGAUGUCCUUACCAACAAAGUCACAGAGAACACACUCUAUGAUAGUGUCAGUAUACAGCAUGUUUUGGAUGUCACUGUGGACUGGGUGUCUGGAAACAUUUACUGGGCUGAUGUUGGUGGAAAGGCUGCCAUUAUGGUGGGUCACACCUCCGGAGAACACCUCCUGACUUUGUUAAAUGACAGCCUGGAGCAGCCCAACUCUCUGGAUAUUGACCAUGUGAAUGGGUAUUUGUAUUUUUCUGAUUUUGGAUAUUCACCAUUUAUUGGGCGUUGUCGACUUGAUGGAACACAAUUCACAAAACUGGAUAUUGAUGUCCAACAUCCUGACCACCUCAUGGUCAGUUUGGACAAUGACCAUCGUCUUUACUUCAUAGAUGUCCAUUACCACCAGAUCCUGUCUGUUUCUCUUCCUGAUGGGACUGACCACAGAACACAUUGGCAGGGUAUCACCGGUGAGGUGUUAGGACUAGCCGUGACUGACCAUUGGAUAUACUGGACUGACCAACAGUCUGAGGGCAGUGGACUGUGCAGAGUACACAAAAAUGACUACAACCAAGAGAUGUGUUUCCUCCAUAAUAGUUUUAUACUGAAGGGUUUGGCUAUCCCUUCCUCUAUUAAUUCACCACAAGUUGAUGGAUGUGGACAACACAAUGGAGGCUGCAGCCAUUUCUGUUUUGACCAGGGAAGUAAAGUCAUUUGUAGGUGUUCGGAUGGCUUCAAACUCCAGGAAGAUGGCCACUCGUGUCAAGCUGCUCCUGAACCUAACUGUGUGUUCCGUUGUCAAGAUGGACAUUGCAUAACUGACCGUUUCUACUUGUGUGAUGGUCAGCCAGACUGUGUGGAAGGGGAGGAGGAAGCUCCAAGUUUGUGUGAUCAAAUUAGCUCUCCUCCAACACCACAGGCAAUCAAAACAGACACUGCCUGUCAAGAACCAAACCAAUGUCAACACAUCUGUAGGAAAACGUCCCAGGGACCCAGAUGUGAAUGUCAUCAAGGAUAUCGACUAUCAACUGACCGAAGGGGAUGUAAGGAUGUGGACGAGUGUGAGGCUAAUAAUGGUGGCUGUAGUCAGCUUUGUGACAAUAUAGAUGGUGGUCAUACCUGUAGUUGUGUCCACGGGUACACAAAAAAUGGCUCCCUGUGCUAUGCCGAAGAGCCACGCCCCUAUCUGGUGAUUGGUGGGACUGGAGGCAUUGACAAGGUUAACGACCAAGGUCAGAUAGAGGAGCUGAUGAUUGGUGAAGCCAGUGGAUUUGUCACAGCCCUGGAUGUUGUCAUGGAGACAGGAGAUAUUAUAUUUGUUACAUCUGUGCAGCAAGCACUUUUCCUUUACAAGAGGACUGAGAGACAUGCCAUUCACUUGGCCACACUUGGCAGUAAGGUGACGGAUCUAACAUACGACUGGAUCGGCCGUAAUGUUUACUAUACAGAUGAUGGAAUUUUGGCUGUGUGCAGCCUCCGGUCCAUACCUGUCCUGUGUCGGACUCUACGAUACGAACCAGUCAGUUCAAUAGUCCUGCACCCCACAAACGGCUGGAUGUUGUGGACGAGUGCUACAGAAGGAACAAUUAUGAGGAUGGCUAUGGACGGACAGAAUCUCACGGUGGUGGUGGAGGCCAUUGUAGGUCAGGUUGUCUGUGCACUGACCAUCGAAUAUGCCACUGACCGCAUCUACUGGACCACUUUCCCAGCCAAUCAGGUGUGGUCGUGUGAUAUGGAUGGAAAAAGGAG